AUGGACAAAAUUAGAAGUCAUUUCAAACGAAAAUCGCAUAAUGUCCUCGAAAGAAGCCGACAGUGGCACGAUCCAGUUAUCGAGAUCUACGAAAACAUUGCUUCGUCCAAGGCUCCGUGCUCUGUCCGGGCAUACGAUGUCGCCAAUAGGCGAUGGUAUCAACUAGAUGUUGAUGUGGCAGUCAGUGACGACGCAUGGUUGUCAUCUGUUGUCCAAAAACAUGUCAGGGCGUACCAUCGCGGCCACCGACGGCAACCUCGCUGGAAUACAAUUCGAACAACGCUGAAAGGCAGCCCCGUUGCCUACCAUACACAGGAAGAACAAAACGUUGCACUACCCAUCACUGGAAGCCUUCGGUACGGCUCUGAUCCUGAGGACCGUUUUCCUACCGUUCACUAUGGCGACAUCCAUGACAAAAGAUAUCUAAGCAAAGGCACAGAUGUCUGUCAAUGGGACGGCCGCAAAGCUGUUUUCAAACGAAUCGAAUUCAGCGAUGAUAUCAAGGCUUUUGAGAGGGCGAUUCGCACUCGAGAGAAACUCUUAGCCCACUUGGAUAGUCAAGUCGAUGGCGAGAAUAUGUUUGGAGAGAUGGAGAAGAGGUUCAAUGUCGUCCCUAUCCACGCUGUGUCACAGAAAAUAACAGGAGGGACACCUCAUCCUGAAGGUGCAUUCGGAGGCAUUGGGGCGGACGUCGGAUAUCAAGCAGAGAGUCAUUUCCGCAGCAAAUAUGUUAGAGGCGGGAGACUUAGACGCGGCUCUGGACGCACUGCAAUAUUCGGCAAAAGGCCGAGGAAACAGACAGGUAAUCAGCUUUGCGCCAUGAGAGUGAUUCGGUUUCCUCUCACCAGCCGAGAGGCUUCAUCAUAUAUCCAUGUGAAGCUUUACCUAGGAAGGACCGACCAUUGGCAGCGUCGCCCGUCGCGUGAUGACCAAGAUGUGCUCGUUGAGACCUACAAGGAUCUUCCGGCUACCCACGGCACUCGAAGUAGUGAUAUAUACCUCCUCAAGAAGGCCUAUCCUGUUGGUAAUGGGAAACUUGGAGCAAUACCUCAUGGGCCUCCUGGUUUAGAGAAAAGCUACUCAGGUGGCAACCCGCCAUCUCCGAAACACGAAGCCUUACCGGGCUUGCGAGCCAACAUCUUCGCAAAUGGCACUGGACACGUCGAUCCUCUCCUGGGCGAAGGCGACCAUUUCGGUGCAUACCGAACACUGGGCAACUUCAGUGUUGCUGUCGAAGAAAUGGGCGACUUUUCUGACUAUCGCCGGACCCUCGACUUGACCACAGGUAUACAUACUACUGAAUUUGACACCGGUGGAGCUACCUUUACUACUGUCGUCUACUGCAGCUUUCCAGCAAAGGUAUGUGUCUACAGUAUAUCAACGACCGGCGAGACACUUCCCAAGGUGAGGUUCGGCUUUGAAAACAUCCUCGUCGAGGCAAACUUAUUCAACGUCACCUGUGGGGACCAGUACGUUAAAGGUGUUGGCGUGACCCAACUCGGAUUCCCUCUGGGUAUGAAGUACGAGUCAAUAGCUCGUAUCACAGGAAGACCAGGCUGUACAAAACCAGCCACAGAAUGCUCUGAUGACGGCUCGUUGUCUGUGACCGUACCAGAUGGUCAGAAAACACUCACAAUCGUCAUUGGGGCAGAGACGAACUUUGAUCAGUCCAAAGGUAAUGCGGAAAGUGGCUAUAGUUUCCGUGGCGUGGAUCCUCACGAAUAUGUCGAACAAGUAACCAAUAACGCUGCAACACAAGGUCGCCGGACACUUCUCGAAGGUCACCUUGAAGACUACCAGACUCUUCAAGGUGCUUUUACUUUUGAUCUCCCCGAUCCGAACAACUCGGCGCAAAAAGAGACCGCUGCACUCAUCCAAGAGUAUGAUUCAGACGGCCCAGGAGAUCCCUUUUUGGAAGCUCUCUUGUUCGACUACGCUCGACAUCUUCUCAUCACAUCAUCGCGAGAAGAUUCCCUUCCGGCUAACCUGGCUGGGCGGUGGACGGAAGAACUUUGGCCGGCUUGGAGUGGUGAUUACCAUGCCAACAUCAACCUCCAGAUGAACUACUGGGCUGCUGACCAGACAGGGCUCAGUCGGACCCAAGACGCGCUUUGGAACUACAUGGAGAAAAACUGGGUACCUCGUGGCUCUGAGACGGCACAGCUUCUUUACAACGCUAGUGGCUGGGUUGUGCACAACGAGAUGAAUAUUUUCGGACAUACAGCCAUGAAAAACGCUGCCAGUUGGGCAUUCUGUGAAGUGCCUUCAGUUCCGUCUGAAGCUGCAACUUGCUAA